CACAUAUGAAUUAUCCCUGCUGAGCAGCAGAAACAGGGUCCAAAGGAGAAGAGACACUCAUGAACAUGCUCCCAGAGGUUCUGGCUAGGACUUCCUCCUGCCCAUCAGUUUCCUCAGGCCCUGUUUCAGGUCUUUGUUUCUCAGGCUAUAGAUAAAAGGGUUCAGCAUGGAGGUACAUGGUGAGGAAGAGGAUAAAGAGUGGCUUCUGGUCUUGAGGCUGGGAGGAGAGUCCCAGGAGGAUGAACUCAGAAACACUGCUGGUUUGGUUGACUCUUUCCAUGAUCAUGAAGCCAGCUAAAACAAAGAACAUCUUACCAUUUCACACAAAUUGCUUUCAUAACAAGCCAACAGAGAUAUCCAGCUCCAAGAAGAGUCAUUCUCAAGACAGGUUGUAAGCCAUUUGUCCAUGUGAUUUGAAGACCCCACAGUGCACUGAGGGCACUUUUCUUCAUUGGCCUUCCAAAAUGCCAUAUUUCUACUCUUUGAAAAAUUUUGUUUCAAUGUUUACCUAUUUUUUUUGAGAGAGAGAGAGAGAGAGCAUGAGUGGUGGAGGGGCAGAGAGGGAGACACAGAAUCUGAAGCAGGCUCCAGGAUCUGAGCUGUCAGCACAGAGCCCAACUCAGGGCUCGAACCCACAAACCGCGAGAUCAUGACACAAGAUGUGAGACCAUGGCCUGAGCCAAAGUCGGCUGCCCAACCGACUGAGCCUCCAGGUGCCCCAACCAUAUUUCUACUCUUGAGAACAUGGUAGUGGUUAAGUGCUUAGGCUCUGGUGUCACACACAUUUUAUUUCAAAUUCUUAUUUUGACACUUCAUUUUAGUGUGGGCUCAACCUCUGUGAGGCUAAGAAGGCUGAACUGUAAAGUGAUAGGAAUAUUCCACCCAGUAUGUGGCAUGUGAUAAGCAUGCACUAAAUGGGUGCUAGCAUCAUGAUUAUUCCCUAAAGGCAUGAGAUUUUAAACUUGCUAGUCAUUUCUUGACUGUUCAGAGUAUUUUGUGCAAAGGCAGGGGAGACAUCCAAACAGUCUCUUUCAAACUCCAGCAGACAGCUUCCCUUCCUUUUCGUGAGGCAUGUAUCCAGCUGUUUCUUUCACACAGGGUUGGCUUGCAUCAGGGUUCUAUCUUCCUGGUCCAAUCGUUGAAGGUGAAGAUUCUUCUUGACACAAAACUUUUGGAUUUCACCCCCAAAAUGCUUGAAUUCCAAAGAGAAGUUUUAUCCAAUGAAUGUCACUGGGCAGCCAUGGAUCAGCAGAAGGUUUAAGUCACUGCCCUCCAUCUGGUCCCACUGGCUGAGAUGAGCUCAGAAAUGGCUGAGCUCAUCUGUGUUCUUUGAAGAGACUCUUCUAUCAGACCCCUAUCGUUAGAAUGAUGCUAUCUCACUGGGUUCCAUCGUAGGGCUUCUGUAUGUGGCCUCUAAGUCUGAUUUAAUUCCCAGCAAGGGAGCCUGGCCUUUAGUGUGAAGACUAUCAGAAUCUCUAUGCUUUAUAUCAGAGUCUAUCAAGCACUACAUGCCAUGGAGUAUGUGACUUCACACCUGUUUCCACUAUAUACUAAGAUGAAAGAAUUAACUGCUGGAAUUUCUGCUUUACAGGCACUCAAUAAAUGUUUACUAAUUAAUGUAAUUAAGUGCAUGUGAAAGACCUUUGAAAAUUGUAAAGUGUGGUAUAAGUAGGUGAUCAUACAUUCUGGCUUGCCUAGGAAAAUCUUGGUGUAGACCUAUUGUUCUGGUAUAAUUAUUAUAUAACUUCUCUCCUCAAUCUUUUGUAAAAAUUAUUUUUAGAGGGAAAGGGAGAGUGCCUGGGCAGAGGGAGAGAGAGAGAAAUCUUAAGCAGGCUGCAUGCUCAGUGCAGAUCCUGACGUAGGGCUUGAUCCCAUGACCCUGGGAUCAUGACCUGAGCCGAAAUCAAGAGUUGGAUGUUCAACCGACUGAGCCAGCCAGGUGCCCCUCUUUUCACUCUUAAAGCAUACUGGCUUGGAUAAGAUAAUAUAGGGUCAUCAUAUGUAUGAGUGUAAGUUGGUAAUCAAGCAGGUGGCUGGGGUAAUUUUGAAGCCCUGAAAUAAUUCCAAACAUGGACUAGAAUAUUCUGCCAAAUGAAUGAAGGGCAGGAACAGCAGAAUGCUGAAGAGUAGGAUCUCUGAUUAUGGUGACAAAGAGAAAGUCCCCAGGGUCAUUCAGGGAGUAAAUUAUUGAGGUUGGAGUCCAAUUCAAGCUUUUUAGCUACAGGGCCCUAGCUCCUGAUCAGUACUCUAUAUUGUGCUCAAUAAUUGUGAGCUCUAAGGAGGAAGAGGAUUGCAUAUUUUAUUUUCUGUUUUAUUCUCAGUGCCAAGAAAGUAUCUGGAACAUGGUCAAGUAAGUAAAGAAAUUUAUGCUGGCCUCCUUUGAAGGAAAUCUUGUUGGAAAUCCGAUGUACUCUGUGACCACAAUGGGGCAGAUGGAAGAUUCAGACAGCAAAAUGUGUGGUGUGUCUGAAUUUUGAUACAGUUUCCAGGAGAAACAGCAUGUGGCUGUAAUGUACACAUAGUGAUGAUAACCACCAUAUCUCAGUCCCUGACACUUCCUACUCCUUCCAUCCCCAGCAGAGAUAAGAACAACAUGAGGCCUAAGAACCAGAGCAGCAUAUCUGAGUUCCUACUCCUAGGGCUCCCCAUAUGGCCAGAGCAGCAGGGCAUGUUCUUCACCCUGUUCCUGGGCAUGUACCUGACCACGGUGCUGGGGAACCUGCUCAUCAUCCUGCUCAUCAGGCUGGACUCUCGCCUCCAUACGCCCAUGUACUUCUUCCUCAGCCACUUGGCCUUCUCUGAUAUCUCUUUCUCAUCUGUCACCGUCCCAAAGAUGCUGAUGAACAUGCAGACUCAGCACUUAUCCAUCCCCUAUGUGGCAUGCAUUUCCCAGAUAUAUUUUUUCAUAUUUUUUGUCUGUCUUGAUAAUUUCCUUCUUGCAGUGAUGGCAUAUGACAGGUAUGUGGCCAUCUGUCAACCACUCCACUACACCACUGUCAUGAGGGAGGAGCUGUGUAUCUUACUGGUGACUGGAUCCUGGUUCUUCUCGUGUGCCCAUGCCCUAUUGCAUACUCUCCUUCUGUCCCGCCUGUCCUUCUGUGCUGACAAUACCAUCCCUCAUUUCUUUUGUGAUCUCAUUGCCCUUUUGAAGUUGAUCUGCUCAGACACCUCCCUCAAUGAGCUAGUUAUCUUCACCGAGGGGGGAGUGUUUGCCUUCCUGCCAUUGUGUGCUAUUUUCGGCUCUUAUAUUCGCAGGGCCACCAUCCUAGGGGUUCCCUCCAUCAAGAGGAUCUGCAAAGCCUUGUCUACCUGUGGCUCCCACCUUCUUGUGGUGUUUUUGUUCUAUGGGACUCUUGCAAUGAUUUACUUCAUUCCUUCAUCAAACAAUUCCAAAGUCAAAGAUAUAGUUGUUUCAGUUAUAUAUACAGUGGUGACACCCAUGUUAAACCCCUUUAUCUAUAGCCUGAGGAACGGGGACAUGAAAUUGGCUCUGGGGAUACUUUAUAGGAGGAAAAUUAUUUUUUCUAAGUAACAGUUACUCACUCAUAUUCUUAAUUUUCCUAGUGAUGUUUCUAGAGACACCUCCUUGAAAAAUUGUGUAGGUGACUGUUGUAGAUAGCAAAAAUGGCCAAAUUACUUCACUGCCCCUCUUAUAAAUGUGGUUUGUUUCCUUACCCACUGAAUUGGGACAGGACUUCUGACUGACUUUGACUAAUAGAUUCAGUGAAAGUGGUGUGAGAUUUCCAAGCCUACGUAGACUCUGUUCAUUCUCCUCUUGGAACCUUGAGACCACCAUGUGAAAUAGCCCAAGCUAGGGUGUGUGAAGAUGGGGGCCAUGUGAGGGAGAACCAAGAUGCUCCAGCUAACAAUCAACCAGCUCCCUGGUGACCUGGUAGGUGACAGCAGAAGCAUGAGUGAGCCCUUGUUGUGAUCAGUUGAACCAAACCCAGAUGAGAAGCCCUAUCCAGCUAGCACAUUCCCUGCUCAAAUUGCAAGUGCAUGGAAUUGUCAUAUAAACAAGUGGUUGUUGUUAAGCCACUAAAUUUGGGGAUGGUUUGUUAUGCAGCAAAAGCUAACUGAUACAUUGACUGCCUUUGUUUCCUUGUUUUCCUUGAUUUCAAUGGUCUCUCCCCCCUUUUUGGAUCCCUACUUGGAUUGUAUUCCCUGCCUAUUUUUCAGGUUAUGAUCUCCAUAACCUAUUGCCUUAGCCUUAGGUACCUUUUCUUGUCCUCAUUAUUCUCCCAUAAGCCUUGCUAUAUGGCAUUAUCAGCAACUCUCAUUUUUGUCAAGUCAACAUUUUAAGGUAUGGCCUUAUCUAUCUGAAGAGAAAUAAAUGAAUUGCUGUGAUAUCAAAACACAUGAACUUCUUUUUCUGAAGGAAGGUUACACAUUCUGUUUCUUCUUGAAGAGAAACAAUCUUAGACUAAGAUUUGCGGUCUAAAUUAUAUUGCAUUUUGUGUAAGUUAUACCUUCUGACCCCUUAACUUACUGAUGCUAAGUUAAAGAGAUAAAAAUUCUCAAAUGUGAGGGGCGCCUAGGUGGCUCAGUUAAGUGUCUGACUCUUGAUUUCAGCUCAGGUUACAAUCUCAUGGUUUGUGAGUUUGAGUCCCAUAUUGGGCUCU